AGUGAGUAUGAUCCUAUAAAAAGAAGUCAAAGGAAAAUAACUAAUCUUAGUUUAUUGAUUGAACAAGAACGCGCGUGGAAGAUGUCGUUCGUGAAACUUUUACUAAAUAUCUGCCUGCUCGGAACGUUCCUUCAGGAGAUCCAUGGGCAAGGCAUGAUGAUUACUCCUGUUAGUAGGAGCAGUGCCUGGCGGUUUGGAUUCCCUGUUGAACAAAAUUUCAACGACGAUGAUGUUUCCUGCGGAGGAGAUACUCAAUUCUUCCAAAAUCAUGGAAAAUGUGGAGAAUGCGGUGACGAUUACGCUGCAGUCAGACCCAGGCCAAAUGAAAACGGUGGUAUUUAUGGAACCGGCGUGAUCGUCAAGAAAUCCAACUUCACUAUGAAGGUAAAGGUGAAACUGACUACCAACAAUUUGGGAACAUUCAAGUUCCACGUGUGUCCCCUGAACCAAACCAAUUCCCUCGAAACGGAGGAAUGUUUCAAUAAAUACCCAAUCAUCCUAAGUGACUACGAUAAUCUACUAAGCUACAUGUAUCAAAUACCAAAUUUUCAAACGACCUUCAACAUAGAAAUCCAACUACCACGUAUCUCUUGCAAACACUGUGUCUUCAGAUGGACUUAUGAAACCACAAGGGAUUUGUAUGGACGUCAAAGAAUCUUCAGAAAUUGCGCCGAUAUCACGAUAGUUUAGAACACUUAUUUUAUUAGUUCAAAAAAUUUCCACUUCUUAGACUUAGACUAGAUCCUGAUGACCUAGAAAACUAAAGAACAGUUUUUCCUUAUUUUUGUAGCACAUCUACUCCUAUUAUCCGUCUUCUUCCAAAGUACUUAUUUUUAUUUCUCAAUUCUUUAAAUAAUAAUAUUACAAGCAACUACCGAAAAGAACAAAGAUUACAAAGGAUUAGUUUUCUGAAAGCGUUCGUGCGUUGUACACAGACGGUACAAUUAGUAAUAAAUAAUGAGAAAGGGAACUGAUUAAA